GGUGAACAGUGUAAUUAUAUAAACAACAUAAAAAAAAUAUAUAAACAGCAUAAGGAGCAGUGAAAGUCUGAAAAACAACACGUUGUGCUUAUAAUUAUGUUACACGCACUAUCUAAGCGCGUGAAUACUUUUUCUUCUUCUGAUGUACUAAGGUUCCUAUCCUGCCAAACAAUGGAGAAAAUUACAAUCUCAAUAUCUAAGUUCUCGCUCAACGUCCAAACCCAACAACUCUGGAGAGAGACAGAGACGGAGAGAAACAAAUGAGAAACCCAUCGAAACCAUCGUCAAAAUCAGGUGGUGGAGCUGGUUCUUCUGGGUCAUCGACGAACAGCAAAACGACGCCGUGCUGCAUCAAGGUGGGGCUGAAGAGAGGUCCAUGGACGCCCGAAGAAGACGAGCUCUUGGCCAACUAUAUCAGGAGGGAAGGUGAGGGACGGUGGCGGACGAUGCCGAAGAAGGCGGGUCUCCUCCGCUGCGGGAAGAGCUGCCGUCUCCGGUGGAUGAACUACCUCCGCCCCUCCGUCAAGCGCGGCCACAUAGCUCCAGAUGAAGAAGACCUCAUCCUCCGCCUUCAUCGCCUGCUCGGCAACAGGUGGUCUUUGAUAGCUGGGAGAAUUCCGGGACGGACAGACAAUGAAAUAAAAAACUACUGGAACACUCACCUCAGCAAGAAGUUGAUCAGUCAAGGGAUAGAUCCCAGAACCCACAAGCCAUUAAACACCAAUAUUUCCGACAAAGCUUCUUCAUCGAACGCAUAUCACUCCUCACACUAUGACGCUAAUCUUGUUCUUUCAUCUCUUGAAGAAGCUCAAACUGAUGGUCCAACCAUCGUCAACAGUGGAAACAAGACCUGUAAUCGAAUUGACCUUGAUCAGUACAACAGUGUGGCAUCAGAAAAUGGUGAUGAUGAUGACGACGAUGAUGAUGAUAUUAAUUAUUGCACCGCCACCGACGAUGUGUUCUCUUCAUUCUUAAAUUCUUUGAUCAAUGAGGAUGGGUUCAACUGCCAAAACCAAGUGGAACAGCAAGAGACUAAUAUGAUUGCAAAUGGGUCAGAUGUUUUGAUCACUUCUACCCAGACUUUUGCCUUUGGUGAUGGUUGGGAUGCUCCGAUUAUGUCUUCUGCUUCUGCUUCUGCUUUUAGCCACAAAGAUUCGAAGAAGCUUAAUGAGCAUCUUGGAAAGCAUUUAUGAAGCACUUAAUAAUCACAUAGAUGAACCUAUAUUGGGUUAGUUGAUAAAAAUUCUAGGGUUUGUAACGUUAUUAUGUGUAUCGUGUGUACAUGUUUUGUGCUUUUCUUCCACUUCAUCGCCUCGCCCGUCUUUUAUUGUUGUGGUGUUGAGGUUAAAUGUUAUUACAACUCUCAAAAAAAAAGCCAAACAAUCAUACAUUUCAAUAUUUG